ACGGUGUGACGCUCGGCCCGUGGGGAAUGCGUCACCGUGAUUUGGGAAGUUGUUGUUGCGGAAGUGAGUGAGUGAGUGAGUGAGCGGCGCCGAUGGAGACUCGGGAGUUUCGCAUUUCAAGUUAGGAGACCUGACAGAGGUUGCAGAGUUCUGGAUGGUCUGCAGCUUGUGAAGGGAGAAGCUGGGAAGUCCGUCAAGUAGGGCAUUGGGAUAAUGAAGCCUGGAGUUUGGACAUCAUGAAGGCAUGGAUGAUUAAGGGAGUGAUUCUGCGUAUCUGCAGCUAACUCCUACGGUUCGAUGGCGGUUUGACGUUGUACAUUGAGUGAUGGACAUCUGCCGUGGAACACAGCAACCACAUAUUGUAGCCCAGAAACAUCUUCAACCCUUGCAAAGUGCACCAGCGUCUCUUUCCUGCCCUGUGACAUUCCUCACCUUGUAGAAAAUGGACGACCCGAACCAGCUGGAGCAGAGAUCCAGAUUUGCUGAGUCCAGCGACUGAUCCCUUCAUUUAGCAUUGUAGCUUGUUUACAGGCUGUAACUUGUCAUUGAUGCAAUAGAGCAGUCACGAGGAUUCUCGCAGUGCAAACACUUAAAAUUGUCAGAUUACCCUUUGACUUGUAGACUAUCAAUAGAACUCAGAAACUUCUGCAAUGCUGUCAAAGACAAGGUCAGAGUUGAAGUGAAACUUUUUAUUUUUACACUGUCGAAGCUGCUUGAUGAAUUAACGUUAGUCUUCCAGAUGUAUAUUUUUGAUUAUCUUGCUCGAAGGCCUUUGUAAUACCUGAGCCUGUUUCUGGCCAGAGUUUUGAGAAGGAAGCACCCUCUCUCCCUCUAGCGUUUCCCUCCUUGGAAGAUUAUUUUGGGCAAUGGGGCUGGACUUUCUUAUUGACAGGCACUGGUUCAUGAUAUUAGUGGAUUGUACAAUACUGGACACAAGGGCUCCCUCGGGUUUGUAGGCAGGAUGGAGGGUGAGAAUGUUUUUCGUGGACUUUGACGCUCCAGACACCAAAAUAAGGGAAACGACUGCCUGAAGCUCAACCCGUUGUUUGGGUUUUAAAAGAAUUGUUGCACAACUACACAAAAGAGUUUAAAGAACUGGUCGUCUCGAUGACUUACCAUUGACCUGUUGCCCAGGUGAGUUAGACCAGAGCUCUGAGACACCAGCCAAUGGAGGAGGCGCUGGAAGCAGAUGACAUCAGCCCUGCAUUGGAAGCUACCGAGGAGUUCUUUCUUUUCAGCGGCAUCGAUGACCGAGUGAGAAGCACGGACAUCCCGCAGCGGGAGGUAUACGGGAUCCAGGAGGUCCCUGUUGUCAUAGGCCACGAGGUCCUGAAGACGAGGGGUGAGAAGUUACAAGGUAGAGAUGGGACAUCUGCUGCCAGAGCCACGACUGAAACCAGACCUGGGGGUGGGGGUCCUGGCAGCCAGCCGGUCAGGGUGAGCGGCAGGUCGUUGUGCUGGAGCACUGGGAGUACAGACUUCGAGGACAGGAAGCUCUCUUCCAGCUGUUGUGGGGUGGCUUACGGCAAGAGAAACGCCUCGGCUAAAAGCUGGUCUGGUGACCGGCCAGAGCUCUGCAGAUCCCAGUCCGACAUCGUCCCGUCCCAAGGCCAGGCGCGUCCCGGGGCUGCUCGAGCCCACCCCCCGACUGAUAGCAGCUUAACUCUCUCCAUCCCCUCCUUUUCAACCUCUCUGAACGGAGGUGGCGAAAUUGGGACAGUUAUUCAAAGGAAAAGCUGUUCUCAAAUAGCUUGUCAAGACGUCCUGAAGAAAGGGAAUCUGGCCAGGAAGCCGGAUCACAUCAGUCUAUGGGAGGAGUGCUAUGUUGAGCUUUGCUCACGAGAACUGCGUGUGUACAGUUUGGACAAUAGGGGAAACUGGCAUUUGUGCAAAGCGUACUACUUGAGACGUUGCCAAAGUAUCACUGUGCCGGCCACUCACGAUGCCAGGGUACUGGAAGUCCUCUUCUCCAAUGGAGCAUGGCUGCAGCUACAAGCUCGCUCCCAGCAGGAGGCAGAAGACUGGAGGCAGAAUCUGCUAGAGCGGGUGAUCGCUCUGCGCCCCCUGGUGUUAAAGGACGUGGAACAUGCUACUUGCAAUACGCCACCUCUUCCUCCUAACCGGGACCCCAGGACUUUCAAAGCAGAGGCUGCACUCAGUUCCAUCUGGCUCGGACCUCUUCCCCUGCACAGUGCAUGCAGAGAAGGCGCGCUUCGGAUUGGGACACUUCGCAAGUUGACACCUCAAAACAACUGGAAGUCUUACACCUUCAUCCUUAGCAGAAGCCAGCUCAAACACUUUGGCUCUGCGGGUCGAGAGGAGGAAGCUGUAGUCCAUUACAAGUUGAGUCAAUGCCUAGAUGUUCACCUGGACGUGACGAGAGAUUCCGCCACCUGCUUUAAGGUCAUUUUUCCAGAAGAGGUUCUCUUUCUCAUGGCAGAUGCCCAGAGGGAAGCCCAAGAGUGGACGGAUGCAAUAGCGGCCGCAAUGAACGCUACGUGGGGAUGUGGCGCUGCAGACCACUCCGCCUCCAGGGUCGCCAACACAAAGGAGGUGGGCUCGCAGAGAAGCAAACGCUACUCAGUGACCAGCAGCUUCCUGAGCCUCCUGACCGUGAUUGCCGUGGAAAAGGGGCUCACGGCCCAGAGCUUCAGGUGUGCAGGUUGCCGACGGUUGGUGGGAUUGUCCUACGGCAAGGCCAAGGUGUGUGCUUAUAGUGGCUGGUACUACUGCCAGGUGUGCCAUGUGGAUGAUGUCUUUCUGAUCCCUGCUCGCCUGGUUCACAAUUGGGACAUCACCAAACACAAGGUUUCAAAGCAAGCGAAGGAGUUCCUGGAGUAUGUCUAUGAAGAGCCGCUCAUUGAUAUCCAGCACGAAAAUCCAAAUCUGUAUGAGCACGUAGAGGCACUGGCUGCUGUCCUCCGUGUGCGUCAGCAGCUGAAGUCACUGAGAGCCUAUCUGUUCAGCUGCCGAGCCUCAGUGGCAGAGGAUUUGCGCAGAAGGAUUUUUCCCAGGGAAUACAUUCUGCAGCAUGUGCACCUGUACUCCUUAGCUGACCUCCAGCAGGUCUUCGAAGGCAAGCUCACCCCAUUUCUUCUGAAGGUCAACAAAUUUGCCAGCGCUCACGUAUAUAGCUGCAGCCUGUGCAGCCAGAAAGGCUUCAUCUGUGAAAUCUGCAGCAAUGGGCAAGUCAUUUACCCCUUUGAAGGAACCGUCACCAAAAGGUGUGAGGCCUGUGGAGCUGUCUUCCAUGCUGAGUGUAAGUCUAAGGCCCUACCAUGCCCUCGGUGUGUACACAGAGAGCUACAGAAAAGACCCCGAUCUUUCUGGAGGAACCUGGACUUGGACGAGAACUUUGAGCUUUGCAACGCCUUUGAAUUGGCCUAUCCAAGCACCUGAUGUGCAAGCCGGACUUAGCUCUCAGUCGACACGGAGCCUUCAGCUAACUUUUUCCAGAUGGACAAAGAGACGGAGCUUAUUAUCGUCGCUACAAGCAAGAAUAAGAACGUUUGCAAAUUAGGAGAUUUGAGCUUGGGGCACAAAUGAAAUGAGAUUUGGCUUUGCCAUGCUACAGAAUAGUAUGGCAAUGGACUGAGCGGCUUCUUCCCUUGCAAUGAGCGAUUGUAGAUUGUGUUUGACACCUCUUUUGGGAAGUGCAGUGUUUUCGAGAUAUUUUCAAAUGCAUAGGAUAAGUGGUCUCCACUCUCCAAUAGCUUAAGAGUAUUGAGUGGCAGAAGUGCAAAUUGGUCUGACCCUGAUGCUUACAGGCUCCAGCACACUGCAAAAUUUCUCCCUAACAUGGCACCGGGCUGGUGCUACAAAAGCAACCUGACUCAGAUACGACGCAAGGUAGCUGGUGAUAAACAUUGGAAUUGUCCCAAUGGAUCAGUGCAGAAUGGUUGGGAAUUGAGGUGUAUUUUUUUGGUCCAAAGCCUAAUAAGCUUUAACUCGUGGAUCUGACCUGUAUUGUACCUGAAUUGGGAGUGCUUAAUGUGGACACCAGAGAUGCAUUAAGUGGAUUUGUGCCCCAAUCCACAACACUGACCUUGUUCACCCUCAUGAGCACAAAAUUUCUACCCCCCACCCCGCACCAAAAAAAGACCCACAGCCAUCAAUAAUAUGUGGCACACAACUCCUCACUUUCCAGUUUUUUUUCUCUUAUCCACCACAUUCAUCUGGUGAUAAGGUAUUCUGUUUAACUGUGCUCAUUUUCCCCAGUGCCUUGACUUCUAAUCUAACGGUAUUCACCUACCAAAUCCAAAUACAGUGACACAUGCACAGUCACUACACUUUACAGUAAAUUCUGUGAAGCGCUUUUUGAUGUCAUCUCGACGUGAAAGGAGCUACAUCACAUGCAAAUUUCCCUUUCCCUGUUAAAUUGAUUCAAACCUGCAAUUUUCUCCAGUUUUUCUCUCGCUGGAGUUACUCAUAUUUUCCUUCAGGGUACGGAUGGGUUCGGGGAAGUGUUUUAUUGCUCAGCCAGUAGGAAGAGCACUAACUUGUAAGCCUUUUGGUCAGGGGUGGACAUGUCUACUUUGUGUAUGUGUGCUUGCGUGUGUGCUCAUGCUCACAAUCUCUUAACGUCUUCACAGGCAUCUGCAGCUUAUUCUCCUGCCACUCCAGAAUAUCUCCAGAUUUCGGUGUGAACUCGUAUUGGUGUAUAGAUUCUCGCACUGCAGUAUUACUGUUUUCAUCUCUCUGAUCCCUGCCAGGUUCAGAGGCUUCAGUUAACGCACAAGCUUCCUUAAGUAACAGUCAGAGUAGAACGCAGUUAUUCCAGCUAAGCAGGUAAAAAUGUUUAAUGGUGAAGGUCCAGCAGGGAAGUGUUGGCGCACUGGCAGAACAUGCCAUGGAGUCCUAGGGCACAAAUUCUUCUCAAGCAUGAGAGUGGGUUCAAUUCCAGGCGUCACUGGUGCACAGAGCAACAGAAGUGAAAGCCUACAAGCAAAUUCUCACUUUCUCAGCAAUAGGAUGCCUCAUAGCACGCCUCAUAGCACUGAGGCAAUGCACAGGAGUGUGGGGAGGGAAGCACAGCUUCAUGGCAAGGGGUUUUGCAUAGAACCAUGUUGGAGGGGGGAUGAGGGUUUGCUGCAUGCAACUGCAGCUACUUAGCAAAGAGACUUUAAACUCACCGAGGAUUUCAGACAUGAGUUAAGAAUAGAGCAAUAAUGAAAUCUGUGUGUAGAUAUUUCUGCAGAACGAGCACUGAAAGCUCACUGCCCUGGAUGUAUGGCUGGACCUUUGAGCUGCACAUCGGUGAGAGUGGGAUUGUAGAAGAAGCACAAUUGUGACAGUGGGAGGAGAAGAAUAUACAGUGAUCGAAUGUAGGACACAGCCGUGUGCUGAUAGUAGGAAUUCCAGGGGAUAUUCCACGCAACAGUUGGAUUUAAAAAGGGAAUUACAGAAAGUCCAUUUACCCGCUGGAACAUUCAGAUUAAAAAGGGAGAAGGGUAAUCUAAGGAUCAGUGUUUUUCGCUUGACUAUUAAACACCCCACUUUAUGCAGCUGCAGCUUUGGUUGUUGAAAGCUGUUAAAAAUGAUCUGCAGCUAACACUACCUGACCUGCUACAGCUCUUUGCAGUCUCACUGACUUUUAAGUGCUCCCCGUUACUAAACGGUACAUGUUAUUCCCGUACAAGAGUUGCUUUUCUCAGGUUAAAGGUCAAUCGGGAAACAAAUUGGUGUUAGGAAGGUUACAUUUUAAAUGUGUUUAUUUUAUUUUAGACAAAUGUUCUUCACAACAAGAAGGAAGUAUGUUUUUAUAGAAUUUUCACAGCCCUGAGCCCGAGGUUACAGAACCAGUUAUUCUAAAACAAAUACUAUAACAAAUAGUUAUUCUAAAACAAGCCCCCCGUGCUCGUGGCUGGAAAAUUGCUGGUGCAGUCCCGGUAGCUGGUGUAUGUGGUAAUUGCAGGUGAGUUAAUCGGGCCACUUGGGUUCAUUACAAGAGCCACCCCAGUUGCUUUCCUGUACACUCCACAGCUGGCCGGACAGAGCAUCAUGAUGUCAGACAGAAAGCAUGCUGGAGCAACAUUGAGCCCAUGAUUAACCCUUUAUUAGGUUUUUCAAUGACAGGUGGCAAACCGUGAAGCCAAUGCAUCGUUUGUCUAUAUUUUUUCUGCAAAGCGAAAGUCAGGAAAGUUGGCAAGUCCCGACCAAAUCAGAUCGCAGGGAAAACAUAAGAAAUGACCUUUACGUAUGUUUACAAAAUGGUAACCUGGGUGUCUUCAGUACAUUAAGACUGUAACGCCGUGGUCUGAAAUGAGAAGGGAAGAGAUGUAACUUAUUUACAGGACCCCUGUGUGAGGCACAGCUCCCACAUUAACUAAUUGCUGCUAUGUCACUAAUACACAACUUUACCAAGCGCACAGCUUCACCCAUUACACGCAAUAGGAUUGUCUGUACACACAGAAAUAAGGGACCCUCUCUCUCCCCUACCUUGCUAUGAAGUACACAGAUCUGUGGCAGCUGCAUCAAUGCCAAACUUUGAGGAAUUGUUACCUUUCAGUUGAUCUGUAAAGCUGCCAAUUAUACCCUUUCAGCUUGAUGUUCACUGCUUUUAUUUCAGUGUGUGUGUGUAUAACUAUGAGAUAUAUAUUUGUGGGAGUAAUUUUCCUGCCUUACAUUGCUGUAUAGAGUCCUUAAAAAAAAAUAAAGAUAUUUAACUCUAUUGCAA